GAGGGGUCGCUGGUGGUGUCGGUCAGUCAAUAAUCAGACAUGGAGAGGAACACAUCGCUGGUGACCGCCCUGCUGCUGUUGGCGUUGGGUAGUCUUGCCACAGCACAAGUGGUGUGGUGUCCGGACCUAUUCACAUUGAUCGGCAACACCGCCUGCCUCCACGUGAACCCACAGACAAAGACAUGGGAUGAUGGAAGAGCCUACUGCCAGGGUCUUAAUGACGGGAGCUUUGCGACUGACCUGGCCGUCAUCGAAGACUGUGAGGUGAUGAACAGCCUCUGGAACUUCAUAGUUCACAAAUUAAACAAGAGGAUGAAUUACUGGAUUGGUGCCACGGAUAAAGACUCGGAAGGAACGUGGCAGUGGUUGACGGGAACACAUGUGCAGGGAGACGUUCCCUUCUGGUUUCCGGAGCAACCUGAUGGAAGCAAUAUGGAGAACUGCCUGACCAUCGCUGAGAACGGGUACUUCGCUGAUGGAGCAUGCAAUCAGGAGUACGGCGUUAUCUGCCAGGCACCUGUCAUGACAACCUUCAGGAACCUCGAGUAACAUAAUAACGACAAGGACAUGACAGCCUCCAGAGGUCUCAACAAAAACAAUGACAUGACAGCUUUCAGGAGUCUAGGCGACGUUCACAUUAAAUCCAAUGCCAAGAACUGAAGAACUUAACUCACACACUUGAAGGAUAAUCAACAAGGAACUCACCACCAUCAGCGGCACUGUGCCCCCCAUCAGGAUAAGUCACAUCCAGGGGUUAGAUCCUCAAAUACUUCACAUGUUAUUUCCUUUUUAUUCAUGUCAACAGAACUUACAGUAAAGUCUUAAGAAUAAGUGUCAA